AUGCCCGGUAGCACGAAAAUCGACACCAAAUUAGAGAACGAAAUCCGAGUAAGCUACAAGAGUGAUGCUCUAGAUUACGUCUACAAAGCAGUUGUCCUGUUUGAAACGUACGAUGACGUGAUUCUGUCUGGCGUUGGCAAGGCCAUCACCUCGGUGGUGAACGUGGCGGAGAUGGUAAAGAGGAGGGCGAAGGGACUACACCAGUGUACCAAGAUUUACGAGAAGGAGCACACCAUCAAGAGAGAAGACCCACUUGCCGCAAAGGACGAUGACAAAGAGGAGGGGCAGAAGGAGGAGGAAGAGAAAAAGUACGGAGAAGGAGAAGCCGAAGCGAGUCAAGAAAACGACAAGAAUAAGGAAACGGAAAAUAGAAUAAUUGAAUUCAGAACCACCGUCCCUUGCAUAAAAAUCAUUUUAACAAAAAAUGAUACAAAUGUGGACACAAAGGAAAUAGGCUACCAAGCACCUUUAGAUGAUAAGGACGUUAAUGUCAUGACACCUGAUCAGAUACUGAAGGAAAAGUCCUACAGACGAAAAUAUAGGGCAGGUCGAGGCGGAGAUAGAUUCAGAUCGUCCUACCGCAGGAAUUACUAUGAAACGCCUACGUGGAACAACAAAAGAUUUGAAAAGAGAAAUUAA